UACAUGCACUGUAUAUAUAAACGUGGGGUUUGCUAAAGACAGGAACUGUUGUUGUGCCAUUUCAAUGUAGUUUUGUCUUCUACUUACCGGCUAUCAGUGAGUUAAGCAAAGCAGAUCAACUGUACGAAGUGAGUUAAAUAAAGUAACAUCUACAGCUACAGGACAGCCCAGUCUCACCAAGAUGGCCGAAGCUGCACUUCACACUGAGACCACUUGCAAGAUUAGACAUGUACACAUCGAAUGCCCAAUCUGCUUGGCUCUGUUCAUCGAUCCGAAAAUCCUGGACUGUCAGCACAGCUUCUGCCUAAAAUGUCUUCAGGAACUUGUAGACAAACAGGAUCCAAAGACGGAUUUCAUCACUUGCCCAGUGUGUAGAAAGAAAACUUCAAUCCCAGAUAAGGGACCAUCGGCUCUUCUCAACUGCUUUCUCUUGAGCUCGCUUAUUGAUGACGUCAUCAAUCCGAAUAGUCCCGAGGUGGGCAUUAACCCUCUUGUCUCGAUUUGCGAAGGAUGCGACGAAGGUCUUGAUGCCGUUUCACGGUGUGUUGACUGUGAUGCGAAUUUUUGCAAGACUUGUUUGGAAUACCACGCCAAAAUAAAAUUGAACAGGCAUCAUCGAGUCGUGAAUGCAGCCGGGUCGUCAAAUGAGGGAUCCAGAGACCAGAACAAAAUUUGCUCUCCAAAAUGCCGGAAACACACUGACCAGGAACUGUGUUUUUACUGUGAAACGUGUGAUUUACUCGUGUGUCCUAAAUGUGCGGUGCUCGAUCACCGAUCGUCAGACCACAACCUUUCUGGAAUCAGUGAUUCCAUUCGAUUGUAUCGUCUAGCUGUUGAAGAGGCUUUGAUGAAGUUUGAUGAAUGUCGCAAGCAAUUUCAAAAAGUGGAUAACUCUAUCAAACACUCACAGCAUAGAUUACAGACCAUGGUUGACCAGGCUCUUCGAGAUAUUGUGGCAAAGGAGGAAGAGGAAGUUGCCAAAAUCAGAAAAUCAUCUCGCCUCCUUCAAGACAGAAUUACUCAAAUCGGUCAAGAAAGAGGUGAGGAAUUUGGCUGCAUACAAAUCAGCAAUAGCGAUAAGAUGAGCCGUGCAGAGCAGAUCGUAGCUUCAGUCAACGACUUGAUGCAACAUGCUGAUGACUUUGAGCUGAUGGACCUCAAGCCAAAGGUUAUGCACAACUUGACAUUCCACAAAGAGCUCCAGUUUCAAACAGUGCAGCAUAGCAAGUCAUUCAUCGGGUUCAAAGGUUAUGAUGUCGUCACUGAUGCGGAUAUCGGUGAAAUACUAGAGGAAGAGAAGUGGGAAGUGAAGACAGAGUUUGGUAAAGAAGGGGAAGGUGAGGGGAAGUUCAAAGUUGCUUUGGACGUUGCUUGUUUUAGCAACGGUGACAUCGUCGUUACUGAUUUAAAACGGCGGAUAUUAUCCAACUUUACAUCGAAUGGUAGUUACAAAUCUCAAGGUGUGCAAAGUAGAACAGAAGAUGGACAACUACAAUACCCUGCCGGUGUUGCGGUGACCUCUGAUGACCUGCUUCUGGUUACUGACAGACAUGAUGUAAAGGUUUAUGAUAGCGAACUGCGAUUUAUUCGUAAGUUCAGACCAUCACGGAAUGAAGUCGAGGGGCAGUCAGAGAGUAGACUCGCUAGUAUUGCUGUUAACAAGAAAGAUCGUAUUGCAGUGGCUGACUGUUGGAGAAAUGAACUAUAUCUUCAUAACAAGGAUGGAUCCACCAUUUCCACAAUACAUCAUGAUGAUAUUAGCGUCAUCGGCGGUCCAAGCUUUCUAUCUGUUAACAGCAAGGAGCGACUGAUCUUUACAAACCCAAGAGAGAUGGAACUAGUUUGUCUGGAUUUCAUGGGAAACGAGGUGUUCAAUAUCAGCACCUCCAUUGACGGCAAACCUGUAAAGCCUACUGGUGUCUGUUGUGAUGAUGCUGGCGAUAUAUAUGCAUCCAUUUCUGACGUUACGGUGGGAACCGGUGAGAUACAUCAUUACGAUGCAUCAGGUGAGCACAUCGGCUGUGUAGCUCGUGGCUUGAACGGUCCUCUAGGCAUGUCGUUUACUCCGAUCGGUGACCUCAUUGUGGCUGAAUUCAAAUCAGUCAAGAUAUUGCAUCGCGUGUGAGUGUCGAUGAUGUUAAGGUCGUAAAAUGUACAAUGUUAAUGAUGAUAAGGUAAUUUGCAACUUAUAAUGUUGAACAGUUAUAGUUAAUCUUCAUGAAUCUCAAAAAUGCAAACAAUCUGCCAUUUGGACAAAAUGUUAAGAUCACAACGUACCAACAAUCGUUUAGUUAAAAUCUAGUGUUCUAUUUUCGCAGAUAAAUGCUUCCUUCGCUUUGGCGGUUAAAUUAAUUGGGUUAUUUUUGUUUCAUCUCAUUUACUUCUUAAAUACGUUUUAGUAACAACAUUUAACCUACAAAGUACCAGCUUAAAUGUGUAAUAUCCGUACCAACGUGUAGUCUUUUGUGAACUCUCAGCCUUGUAACUCAACUCUAUUUUCACGAGCCUUUUAAAUACACUAGACACUAUUGGUAAUAUUGUCAAAGACCAGUCUUUUCACUUAGUUCAUUAAACAUAUGCAUAC